GUCCUGUUAAAAACAAGAAAAAGGGAAAGAAGGCAGGGCCGCCUGGACCCAAUGGUCCCCCAGGACCUCCAGGACCUCCAGGACCCCAGGGACCCCAGGAAUUCCAGGGAUUCCUGGAAUUCCAGGAACAACUGUUAUGGGACCACCUGGUCCUCCUGGUCCUCCCGGUCCUCAAGGACCCCCUGGCCUCCAGGGGCCUUCUGGUGCUGCUGAUAAAACUGGAACUAGAGAAAACCAGCCAGCUGUGGUGCAUCUACAGGGCCAAGGGUCAGCAAUUCAAGUCAAGAAUGAUCUUUCAGGUGGAGUGCUCAAUGACUGGUCUCGCAUCACUAUGAACCCCAAGGUGUUUAAGCUACAUCCCCGCAGUGGGGAGCUGGAGGUACUGGUGGACGGCACCUACUUCAUCUAUAGUCAGGUAGAAGUAUACUACAUCAACUUCACUGAUUUUGCCAGCUACGAGGUGGUGGUGGACGAGAAGCCCUUCCUGCAGUGCACCCGCAGCAUUGAGACAGGCAAGACCAACUACAACACUUGCUAUACUGCGGGUGUCUGCCUCCUCAAGGCGCGGCAGAAGAUCGCCGUGAAGAUGGUGCAUGCUGACAUCUCUAUCAAUAUGAGCAAGCACACCACCUUCUUUGGGGCCAUUAGGCUGGGCGAAGCCCCUGCAUCCUAG